UUAAUUUCCCAAUUGGAUUGCUAUCUCCUCCUUUCCGUAAUAUCUCUGGCUAGAUGGCAUGUAAAUAUUCUGGAGAGCCGCUAAGGAUGUCUAAAAGAACGAAAGGAUAGAACUCCCGAACAAUUGGAGCAAAAUGAAAUCGAAUGUCAUACAAAGUAUAUCAAGUGCUGGUUGUCAUACUGAGCCACAGCUGUAGCCAUGGAUGCCAAAGCUAACGACAGCACCUUCCCCAGUUUUGGAGACUUGGAUGAGUUCCUCACCAAGCAUGACUCCAAUUUUGUGUGGCUCCUUGUGGCCACCAUUCUGUCCUGUGGAUGGAUCAUCUACCUGACCUAUUACAACUCCCGCAACAUCGGCCUCAUCUUAACCCUCAUCAUCAACAGACUCUGCAAGAAUGGCUACAUUCACAUCGGCUCCUUCUCUUUCUCGGUGCUGUCGGGGAAGGUCAUGUUCAGGGAUGUGUACUUCAUCAACAAAGACAUGUCCAUCAGAAUACAAGAUGGUUUCUUUAUAUUCCGUUGGUGGAAAAUGUAUAACCCUAAGCAGAAACAGCAUGACCCCAAAGCUGAGACCAGGCUCUACGUGACCGUAAAUGGAUUUGAGUUCCACGUUUACAACCGGACAGACCUCUAUGCACGUCUAGAGGAGACCUUUGGGUUGGACCGCACCCUCAUACCGCCCAAAAAAGACGAGGAAAGGGAAAGAGAGGAACAAGAAAAGAUCCUGGACAGUGUUAACAUCAAAGGAGAGACUCCAGACCCAUCGUCAUCUUGGAGAUCCCUCAUCCCCGUCAUCAAAGUCAACAUCAGCACUGGUCGCUUGGCAUUCGGGAACCACCACCUCCCCCAGACGAUAUGUGUGAACUUUGAGGAUGCCUUUCUGACUUACGCCACCAAGCCCCCGUCCAGCCACCUAGACCAGUACAUGCACAUUGUCAAGGGCUCUCUGGAGAAUGUUCGUGUCAUGCUAGUACCCAGCCCACGCUACCUGGGCAUGCAAAACGAUGAGCCGCCCAGACUGAUGGGAGAAGGGUUUGUGGUCAUGCAGUCCAAUGAUGUGGACAUCUACUAUUACCAGGAUGAACCAGGCCUGGUCCCAGAGGAGCAGGAGAGUGGGGAUCCAGAGCUAUGUGGAGAAGGAACCAAACUGCAGGAUCUGCCUCCCUGCUGGGGUCUGGACAUAGUCUGUGGGAAAGGAACUGACUUCAACUACGGGCCCUGGGCGGACAGGCAGAGGGAUUGCCUUUGGAAGUUCUUCCUACCAGCAGACUACCAGUCCAUGGGUGUUACAGAGGUGGCUCAGCCCGGCAAACCCAGACAGAUUCUGGCCUUUGAACUCCGCAUGAACAUUAUCGCAGACGCCACCAUAGACCUGCUCUUCACCAAAAACAGGGAAACCAAUGCCAUACAUGUGAAUGUCGGAGCAGGCUCUUAUCUGGAAGUGAACAUCCCUAUGACUGUGGGGGAGACAGGCUACUCUCCCACCAUCAAAGGCCAGUUGCUCCAUGUAGACACCACCACCAGCAUGCAGUACAGGACUCUGCUGGAGGCUGAGAUGCUGGCUUUCCAUGUGAUUGCCAGCUAUCCCAGUGUGUGGAACAUGCCCCAGUCCUGGAACUGUGAGAUAGAGGUGUACAAGGCCACCUAUCACUUUAUUUAUGCCCAGAAAAACUUCUUCACUGACCUGAUCGGGGACUGGGCCAGUGACGGUGCCCCGGAUAUCUACUCUUUUGUCCCUUACGCCUGGAAGUUCAAGGUUGUCUUCCACCAGUUUGAGAUGCUCUGGGCUGCCAACCAGCACAACUGGAUCGACUGCUCCACUAAGCAACAGGAGAAUGUGUAUCUGGCUGCUUGUGGGGAGACUUUGAACAUUGAUUUCACGUUGCCUUUUAAUGAGUAUGUCCCUACCACCUGCAAUACAAGGUUCUGUCUGAGGGCUGAAGACACAGACUUACGGCUCUCCCUGCCAGACUGCCACCCCAGCAGGUACCCACUGCUCACCCUGGCCAAGGACUACCAGAAUAGCAAGUUGCCACCUGACAUGUGCAUGCCUGGGGAGAGCCAGGGCCAGAGUCAUGGCGGCCCUCCCAAACUCAACAAGUCCGGCUGGAGGAACAUCACCCACGCAGAAGCUGGCUGGGUGGACUGUUGGACCGUCCCAAACUUCCUGCUCAUCAUUGAUUACACCUGGCACCCCAUCUACCCCCAGAAGGCAGACAAACAGCUCAAGCAGUCCUUGUCGGAGAUGGAGGAUGCCAUGUUGUCGUCCUUGCGCCCCCCUGAGCACUCGUCUGUGCCCCACCCGCCACCACCUCGCAGCUCUGCCCACAACAGCAGGGUGACCACAGAUCCCUCUGAGCUGCCCCCUGACAGGCUCCAUGUGGAGAUAGAGAUGUCCCCCGACUCCCAGAUCAUCCUUUACGGGCCCCUGCUCAAGGCCCUCGUCUCCAUCAAGGAGAACUACUUUGGUGAGGACGACAUGUACACAGACUUUGAGGAGGCGGUGUCCAGCCCUGUGCUGUCCUCCCUGUCCACCUCCUCCACCCUGGGUUGGUCUCCACUGGGCCUGGACGAUGACGGGAGGGAUGGUGCCACCCUCCACCCCCUGGCCCUGCGUCCCUGGGAAAUCACCGUCCUCAUCAACCUCUACAAGGUGCACGGACGCCUGCCCAUGCACUGCGGCAGCGACAGUCCUGAAGCCCCCUCGGGGUUCCUAGAGAAGCUGUGUUUUGAGAUGAAAAAGGGCUACAAAGAGACCAUGCUCCAGCUUGUGCUCUCACCGGCUCACAUAUUCAUCAGUGACAACUACCAGCGGCCCACAUCUGAUGGUGUUCUGAGGGACGGCCACCUGAGUCUGUCUGGUCUGCAGAUGCGUGCCCAUGCCAUGUUCUCAGCCCAGGGCCUGCCUCUAGGCACAGACACCCUGGAGUACGCCUGGCUCAUAGACAUGCAAGCCGGGGCCCUCACUGGGAGAGUCACCAUGCCACAGCUGGCCAGUGUGAUGGAGUGGGGCGAGACAUACAUGUUUCACGUCUUCUCCCGGGAGUUCCAGCUGGAACAGCCUAAGCCCUCUGUCAUCUGCCAGCAUGGGGUGGACCGCCGUGUGUGUGACUCCAAGAUGGCCUGCCUGCCUGGACACUGCCGGACUUCUGAGGAGCUCAAGUACACCAUGACCCGUCUGGCUGUGGAUGGGGCCGACCUCUUCAUAGUGGAGCACAGCUGUGCAGCCAACAUCAAGACCGGCGCCAUCCGACUGGCCAACUGCAACCUGCACAAUCAGGCGGUAGGAGAAGGGAUCAGUGCCGUGGUUCAGGACGUAUAUAUCCACCAGUACAUUGAACAGCAGCAGCAACAGCCCCAGUCAGACGGGGUCCGACCAGGGCCCUCUCCAGGUCAGGGGUUAGGGCCGGUGCAGCCCCCUGUACUGCGGAGAUCCUUCUGGUUGGAGGCUGGCUCGGUCAACUUUGCCCUGAUCACAGCUGAUGUGGCACUAGCUGCGGACCACCCGGCCAAGUAUGAGGUGCAGAGGCAGUUCCUGGAACUCCAUGACGCUCACACCAAGAGUCUAUGGUUCCUGUGGCCAGAUGAGACAGGGCGUAACAAGCGAAGCAGGAAUAAGUGUGGCUGCCUGGGGGGCUGUCGUUUCUACGGGGGCACCAACACAGGCCUGGACUUCUUCCAUCUGGAGGAGAAGACCCCCUCGAGCUCUGCCUUCUCCUCCAGCACUGAGUCAGACAUUUGCUACGGCCAAUCACUGCUGCAGCCUGGAGAGUGGAUCGUCACCAGGGAGACAACCAAACUGUCCGAUGGUAAGGGUUUGGCGGUGAUGAAGGACACCUGUACCCCCAGUCCGGCCCCGGAUCCCGGAAUGCGGGGUCAACGCCUGAGCCUCCAGGUGCCUCCGCGCUCCCACAGUUCGGCUUCCUCCUCCGAGGAAAAUAGUUCCUCCAGCGCUGCAUUGCCCCUACUGGCCGGGGAGAGGGACAGCCCAUCUCCCAGCACUGAGGAACGCAUGUUCCCCAUGAACGGCAAAAGCACUACAGAUACUCUUACAGAUGUCCCUGAGGGCUCCCCAAUCUCUCCCAACAGUGCCCAGGAGCGCUCCUCCCUCCGCUCCCCUCUCCGCUCGCCCCUCAAGCGCCAGUCCUCCAUGCAGUCUGCCCGGCUAGGCAGUACCAAGAGCCUGUCGGCGGCCGUCUUCACCGACAAGCCUCCGCCGCCCCUCGCUGGCGUCCAGUUCAGCAGCGAGGUCUCCCGUAGUGACGAGAAUGCCCUGGACUCUCCGCGCCGGAGCUACAGCUCCUUCCCCUUCACGCCGUCCGCAGACUCCUGCACCUUCCACCAGUACCGCUCAGCAGACUCCAGCAUGUCGGUGGCUGACAGCGAAGCUUACUUUUCAGCAGCAGAGGACUUUGAGCCCAUCAGCAGUGCAGAUGAGGGUCCAGGCACCUACCCUGGGAGGAAGAAGAGGAGGCAGCAGCAGCAGCAGAUGCAGUAUCAGCCCCAGCAGCAGCCCUACCACAUGGACCACUACAGCCGCAGCUCCAUCUACCACAGCGUGGAGGGCCCCCUCACCUAUGUGUUGAACGGGGAUCUCAUCACAGAGCCCAGGCCUCUACCCAUGCCCCCCAUGCUGCCCCCGCUGCCAGCCCACCCCAUCCCAAGCCACCAAUCGCAGGCCUCCUUUGUUUCGGCGCUGGGGUUGGAGGAGGAGGGCUCGGUGGAGCUGGAGAAGACCCCCGAGCCAGGCCUGGUGACACGACAGCCCCACGUCAUGGCCUGCUACCAGAGUUACCUGGCACACUACCAGGUGUCUAACUGGUCUCAGAAGCAGCCCACCAAUAAGAGGACCUCCAAGUCCUCACUACACCGCCCCCUGGACCUGGACACGCCCACCAGUGAGGAGAGCUCUGCCUCCUUCGACCAGCUCUCUGUUCCCAGCUUUAAGGUGGUUAAACAAGGCCUCUCUGCCAGCUCUCUACUAGACAGAGGUCUUUCGUUGAUGGGAGAAACAAACAACCAACCGUACACUCCUCUGGAUAAGAAGGCGAUGGAGAACACAGACGACACCACCACUGAGGACUGGACCUUGGAGCAGCCCCUCUCCCAGACCAGAACCACCGCCAUCGUGGAAGUGAAAGGGGCAAUCAAUGUGGUGCUCACCCCUCUAGUGGCUGAAGCUCUGGACAGAUACAUUGAGUCAAUGGUCCACUACGUCAGUAUACGUCACCCUGCAGCCAUUCUGGAUGACCUGCAUGGGAUGGUCCUAAACGAAGCCUAUCAGAUCAGCAAGUCCACUGUGACUGAAUCCAGCUCAGCCAAGCAGGAGCACAAGCUGUCCAAGACGGAGGGUACCACAGGCUCCCUCAACAUGCCACAUGGCCAAACGGACCUGAAGGUCAAACCAGACAACGUGAAGAUCAAAGGCCUGCAAGCUAACGUGUCAAUCCCUAAGGUGAACCUGUGUCUGCUCCAGGCCUCUAUAGAAGAGUGUUCUCCCUUCAGCUCCAGUAAGAACCACAUCACACAUGUCUCUCUAGUUGCUCUCUGCUUCGACAGGAUCGCCACACAGUUUCGCAUGAACAGGGGCAUAGUGGAGGAGACACCCAAUACUGCAGAGCACGGCCGUCCCUCCGUAAACUUGGAGAAGUAUGCCUCGGCCACCAAGAUGCAGCCACAGUCUUCAGGCUCACUGCGCUCCAACGCCGGCAUUGAGAAGGGCAAGGAGAUUGCUGCCAAGCUUAACAUCCACCGCAUCCACUGCCAGCUACGAGGCCUGGAUUCCAAAGACAUAGGGACAUGUGCCAUCACGGCCAUUCCUUUUGAGAAGUCCAAAGUACUGUUCAGUCUGGAGGAAAUAGAUGAGUUUGCCCUUGUGGACGAGACGGAGAACUACGCGGCUGCAGACCUGGUCCGCACCGCUGCCUCCCUGGAGAAGUGGGGCUGGAUCAUGUUUGAGUGCGGAAUUGAGAACCUCACCGUCAAAGGUGGACGUCAGUCGGGUGCAGUGCUGUACAGUGCGUUUGGCAUGAUGGGUCAGUCGGGUACUGGCGUGAACACUGGCAUGUCCAAAUCCAAUGGCUCAUCAGGCUCUCAGACGGGCAGCGGCUACAGCACUGAUGUAUCUGAUGACAACCUGCCUAACGACGCCACAAGCCCCAACUCUGAUGCCAACGGAAACUCAGACUCUGACGAUCAGGAUGAAGGGGUGGAGUCUGACGACCUGAAGAAGGACCUCCCCCUCAUGCCCCCGCCCCCUGACUCCAGCAGCAUGAAGCUCACCAUCAAGGAGAUCUGGUUCAGCUUCGCUGCCCCAACCAACGUACGCUCCCCAUCCCAGGCCAUCUCCAGGCAGCUGAAUCUCCUGAGCACAGCAACACCAGCGAUCGGAGCCUGGUUGGUCCCCAUCGACCAGCUCAAGUCUUCUCUGCGUAAGCUGGACAUGGAGGGCACCUUGAGAGUGUGUGCUGUCAUGGGCUGCAUCAUGACUGAAGCCUUGGAGAAAAAGAGUAUCCACAUCCCCUUUCGGAGCAAGUACAACAGGGUGACCAAGCGAGCACGCUACCUCCAUGAGAACCCCUCCUGUCUGCUGUGUAACAUCCUGCAUCGCUACCUACAGCAGGCUGACUACUCAGUGAUAGAGGAGGCCACUAUGAAUGACGGGCUGCCUGCCCUGGUGACCCUGAAAAAGGGUCUGGUAGCUCUGGCCCGUCAGUGGAUGAAGUUUAUUGUGGUGACCCAAGGCUUCAAGGCCAUCGGCCUGAUGAGGCCCAACCAGCUGCCCAAACCCAAGGAGACUCCCCUGCAGCAGACCUACCAGGUCCAGGGCCUGGACAACGGAGCUGCGCUGCAGAGUGACACCAGCGCCGACGGGGCCGAGUUCGAGUUUGACGCAGCCACAGUGAGUGAACACACCAUGCUGCUGGAGGGCGCAUGCAGCCGCCCCCCGCCAACAGGAGACAAAUCUGGACCAGUCAGCGGGGUGGAGAUCAUGAGGAAACUGUCCAAGUCCCACACACACAGUGAAUCUGCCCUCAAAAUAAAGGUAAAGGGCUCCCACCCAUACCAGUCCCUGAGCUACACAAGCGGGGACACGGCGGCUGACUCUCCUGCCCAUGUGAGUCGCGUGGGCAUGCCUGCCAAGGACAGUCCCCGUAAGGAGAGUCUGUUGAGCUACCUGACUGGCAGCUUCCCCAGCCUGCACAACCUGCUGGAGGGUACACCCCAGAGGAACGAUCCCACCACCAAGAGCACAGGUAACAGUGUGGGCCCAGAUGUAUUGACGGAACACCCUCUGCUGUCAGAGCCCUCUUCUGUCAGCUUCUACAACUGGAUGUCCAACGCUGUGGGCAACCGGGGCGGAGGGAACGCUGUACCCCAGGAGUCCCCCAUCAACCGCUCCCAGCACAACAGCCUGCAGACAGGCGUCACCUGUAACCUCCCCACCAUCCCAUCAGCAUCAGACUUCAACACGGUUCUGUCCAGCGACCAAAACACUCUUGAUGGAACACAGUCUCAGCACUCUCAGCACAGCACCAGCCAGGAUGACAUAAUGAUGGCCGACAUCGAGGAGGGCAAUCUGUGUCCCGCCGCUGUGCAGCUCGCUGACGCACAGGUUGUGUUCAAGCCUCUGCUGAGUCACACAGGGAUCCAGGCUCAGGAUACCACUCCUCUCAGCUACAAGAUGUAUUUUGGAGAGCACCUCUCUUUCUCCGGCACCUUGGAGUGUCUCAGAGCAGACAUUGUGGACUCAGACACGUCCAAGGAGCGGAAGAACAAACGCUCCAAAAGACAGGGCAUGCCUAACCUCCCUCCGCUGGAGUUCAAACCGGCCCUGCUGAUUGAGACCUUCAGUCUAAACUCUGUGUUGAUGGAGAAGUCUACCAGCACUGGCCCCCCCAACUCCACGGCCGUUCCUUUCGCCUUCCACGACCUCAACCGGCGCCACUAUAACACCUUCCACUGCGACUUCACCAUCGCCUGCCAGGCCAUCAGCCAGCGUGUGGACAUGGCCCUGGUGCGCCUCAUCCACCAGUUCAGUACCAUGGUGGACGACAUCAAGGCCACGCAGACAGACAUCAAGCUGAGUCGCUACACCGCCGGCUCCGCCUCCCCCACGCCCACCUUCAAGGCAAGGCCCUACAGACACUUCCGCUCUUCUGACUUCAGCCGCAGCUCACGGGGUAGCAUCAACGGAGGCGGACGGAGUGGGGCUGGUGGCGGGAACACGGCUCAGAGAAGCAAGCGAGGUGGAGGAGGGGGUCAACCACCCAACGCCCCCCCUUCAGGAUUGGACACACUGGGUCGGCGGGAGCCCCGGGGACGCAACACGCUGGGUCGCUCGGAGCGUCGGACCUCCAAGGUACAUCAACCAGUGUCGCGGAAGGGCUCUCGGGACGUAGCUGACCACACAGCCAUCCAAAUGGAUGACUCUGACUCCAUCACAGUGUCAGAGCAGAGCGAGCCCUCUGCAGAGUGCUGGCAGAACAUGUACAAGCUGCUCAACUUCUACUCCCUCAUCUCUGACCCCACGGGUAUCCUGGAGAAGAGCUCCCCUGAGAACUGCCUUUCGGACGGUGGCCGCAGUCCCUCGGAGCCCCUGUGCAGGGUGAUCUUUGAGAACGAGCAGGAGGACCCCACCACCCCCACUAACAAGCCCUCAUCUGGGCUAGGUGCGGGGGGCAGACGGCGCAGCCUGGUGAGUUCUGAGCCACAGCACGUCACCCUCAUCGUGUUUGGCAUUGGCAUGGUGAACCGCACCCACCUGGAGGCCGACAUCGGGGGCCUGACCAUGGAGGCAGAGCUGAAGAAGAUCCACGGCAGCUUCACACUCAAGGAAAAGAUGAAGGACAUACUGCACCAGAAGAUGACAGAAACUUGUGCAUCAGCCCACAUAGGAGGAGUUAACAUUGUGCUCCUGGAGGGUAUAACACCAGACAUUCAACUGGAGGAUUUCCCCACAUCUCCUACCAGCACAGCCAAACAAGAGUUUCUAACGGUUGUGAAAUGCAACGUAGCUAAAUCCCAGGCCCUGUACAGCGCUCAGAGGGGCCUGAAGACCAACAAUGCAGCUGUGUUCAAGGUGGGCGCCAUCAUGAUCAACAUCCCCCAGCACCCAGCCACACUGCACAGCAUGAUGGUCCGUAGCUCCCAUCAGCUCUCAAAGCAGAUCUCCGACCUCAUCCGCCAGCCGUCCAACGUGUCACCCCCCAACAGGGAAGACACCCCCACCCCUCAGCCCUCUGACAAGGCGUCCAGCAUCAACCAGACCCCGGUGGAGGCCAAUGAGUUCCCCCAGCUGCCAGAGGGUCUUGAGAAGAAGCCCAUCGUCCUCAAGUUCAGCGCUAUGAUGGACGGCAUCACCAUAGGAGCAGCCCUUUUGCCCUCCCUCAAGGCUGAGUACAAGAUGGGCCGCAUGAAGAGUCACGGCAUGACAGGAGCCCAGACACGGUUCACGUUUGAGCUGCCCAACCACAAGCUGUGUUUCCAGUCCAAGGUGUCCCCGGUGGACACCAUGUCCACCAUGCCACCCUCAGCCAACCUCAACCUUCCGCCAGUCACCAUGUCUGGAGAAUACAUAAUGGAGGACCACGAGGGCCACUCGGAUUUUACUGACGACUUCCCAAUCCCCAUGAAGCAGGGCAACUACCUCCAGGGGAAUUACCUGCGCUGUGUGGCUGAGAUUGGUUCUUUUGAGCACAACCUCACCACGGACCUCCUGAACCACCUGGUGUUCCUGCAGAAGGUUUUCAUGAAGGAAGUCAAUGAGGUCAUCCAGAAAGUAUCAGGAGGAGAGCAGCCCAUCCCUCUGUGGAAUGAGCACGACAUCUCAACAGACGCUGACAAGCCCAAGAUUUUGCUCUACUCACUCAGUCUGAUGUUUAAGGGGAUCCAGAUGACAGCCACCACUCCAUCCAUGAGAGCGGUGCGCUUCGAGACAGGGCUGAUAGAGCUGGAGCUUUCCAACAGGAUCCAAUGUAAAGCCCAGCCCGGCGGCAGCAGCAGUUACCUCAAAUUGUUUGGGAAGUGCCAAGUGGAUCUGAACCUCGCCCUGGGCCAAAUAGUCAAACAUCAGGUGUACGAGGAGGCGGGUUCAGACUUCCACCAGGUGGCCUACUUCCGCACUCGUAUUGGCUUACGGAACGCCCUUCAGGAGGAGAUCAGUGGCUCCUCAGACAAAGAGGCAGUACUCAUCACUCUCAACCGGCCAAUCGUCUUUGCUCAGCCUGUGGCCUUUGACAGAGCUGUACUCUUCUGGCUGAACUACAAGGCGGCCUACGAUAACUGGAACGAGCAGCGUCUGGCAUUGAACAAAGACAUCCACAUGGCCACCAAGGAGGUGGUGGACAAGCUGCCGGGCAUCCAGCAGACCUCAGCCCAGGCCUUCAGCACCCUGUUCCUACAGCUCACCGUCAACGACCUUGGAAUCUGUUUGCCCAUCACUAACAACUCACUGAAAGGACAUAUGCCAGGUUUCGAAGGCAUUCGCUCUGAAGCUGGGGCCAGCAGAUCUGUAGGCCCGCAAAAAUAUGCACGAAAAGCCAACCACAGCAUUGACUUUGACACGGGCUCUGCCCUGGUGCUGACCAUCGAGAGCACGCUGAUCACCGCCUGCUCCUCUGAGUCUCUGGUUAGCAAGGGCCACUUCAAGAACUUCUGCAUCCGCUUCGCCGAGGGCUUUGAGACCUCCUGGGACGACUGGAAGCCUGAGAUCCGAGGAGACAUGAUCAUGAACGCCUGUGUUGUUCCAGAUGGCACAUAUGAAGUGUGCUCCAGAACCACAGGCCAGCUGUCAGCAGAAAGCAGCAGUGCAGGCACCUGGGCGCUGAACGUGCUGUGGAAAAUGUGUGGUAUCGACGUCCACAUGGACCCCAACAUUGGCAAGCGUCUCAACGCCCUAGGCAACACACUGACCUCGCUGACGGGAGAGGAGGAUGUGGAUGACAUCGCUGACCUCAACUCAAUCAACAUGGUCAAUUUGUCCGAUGAGGAUGAGGCCGACACCAUGUCGCCGACCAUCCAUAUGGGGAGCCCAGAGGGAGAGUGCAGCAGCCCUAGGCUCACGUUCAGGACACGGCUGGUAAACAGCAUCCUGGGCCUGAAAAGCCCCAGUGUCCAGAGUGUCUCCGUACCAGGCGACUACCUAAACGACUAUGCCCUUCCCCCAUCCAGAGGGAACAUGGCCAGGGCUCCCAGACCCCUAUCCUGGGGAUGUGAGACCAUAGACCUCAGGCGGCAGGCGGCAGUGGGCAACCAGAUCUUAGAUCCAAGAAGAGGGAAGUUAAACAAAAGAAUAGUGGACAUCAGAGAGCUGAACGAGCAGGCCAAAGUCAUUGAUGACCUCAAGAAAUUGGGAGCGAGUGAGGGCACAAUUAACCAGGAGAUCCAGCGCUACCAGCAGCUGGAGUCUGUGGCCGUCAACGACAUCAGGAGAGAUGUCCGCAAGAAACUACGCCGCUCCAGCAUGAGGGCUGCAUCUCUAAAGGACAAGUGGGGUCUGGGAUACAAACCCAGCUAUAACCGUUCCAAGAGCAUCUCUACAGCAGCAGGGAGGCCUCCACUUAAAAGGAUGGAACGCCAAAGUUCCAGAAUAGGAGACGUAGAUGACUUGCCAGACAUCAGAGUAGAUGCAUCCUCCCCUGGACCAAGAGUUACCUUCAACAUCCAGGACACGAUUAAUAAUCAGGACUCUACAAACCGACCAGUCAGUCCAGGGGAGGUCUUCAAGUUUCCUGAGGAGACAGAAAUGGACCUGUUAUCCAUCACCAUUGAUGAGCCACUCCAUCAUCAUCUUCAUCACCUUCAUCAUUUCCCAUCUGUUAGCGAAGGACCCCACUCAGUGUUCAGUGCCCCUGCAACCCCCGCCGUCUUCUCACCUGGCAUUCCCUUCCAGCACGACGACAUGCGGCGCGACGAGCUCUCCUCCUCUUCCUCAGAGGACUCCGACAAGGAGGAAGAGUUUGACCGCGAGAGGUCAUCCAGCUACUUCAGGAGGACUGUCCAACCACCACACAGAAAACCAUCAGGCUUCGCCGCUGUCAGCCAGAUGUUCAGUGAGCGCUGGCCCAGCACACCCACCAACCGCAGCCUCAUGAGCUCAGUCACUGAGAGGAACAUUGACUUUGAGCUGGACGUGCGUGUGGAGAUUGACAGUGGCAAGUGUGUCCUGCACCCUACCACCCAGCAGCCCGAGCACGAGGAUGUCUCCUUCAGAAGGAGUUGUGACCGCAGCUCCAGGAGUCUGGACCAGGAGUCUCCACCCAAGAAGAAGAAGCUCCAGCCCACUUACACCUCAACCACCCACCUCCUGGCCGGGAAGAAGGUGCCUUCCUCUCUGCAGACCAAAUCCAGUGACCUGGAGACCACUGUCUUUUACAUUCCGGGAGUGGAUGUCAAGUUGCACUACAACUCCAAGACCAUGAAGACUGAGUCACCCAAUGCCUCGCGAGGAUCCUCCCUCCCCCGCACCCUCUCCAAAGAGUCCAAGCUGUAUGGUAUGAAAGAUAGCGGCCCUCACAACCCUCCCAAUGCUGCCCAAAGCAAGACUAACACGCUCCUUCCUCCCCCACCCCCACCUCUACCAUCAGCCAAAGGCAAGGGUAGUGGUGGGGUGAAGACAGCCAAGCUGUACGCCUGGGUGGCCCUUCAGACCCUCCCAGAGGAGAUGGUCAUCAGCCCUUGUCUUCUGGACUUCCUGGAGAAAGCUUUGGAGACCAUUCCAAUCACCACUGUGGAAAGGAACUACACUGCUGUGAACUCCCAGGAGGAGGACAUAGGCCAGUUUGAGCCAGUGGAUCCCCUGGAGGAGUCCACCACCUCCCUGGUUUCCUCCACCUCUGCCUACUCCUCCUUCCCUGUGGACGUGGUGGUCUACGUGAGAGUACAGCCCUCUCAGAUCCGCUUCAGCUGCUUGCCCAUGUCCAGAGUAGAGUGUAUGCUGAAAUUGCCAUCUCUAGACCUGGUAUUCUCCUCUAAUCGCGGUGAAAUGGAGAUCCCAUCCAGCACCCAACCUACCGACAGCCCACACCCACCCUCCUCCACCCCCCCGAGCCAACACAUCCUCAAACCGCCCCCUAUGAAAGGAGGUCCCUCUCCAUCUCUGGGUAGCCCUCUGGGCCGGACCCGUCACAGCAGCAGCCAGUCAGACCUCACCUCCCCCCCCAGCAACUCCUCAGGGCUCAGCUUCACCGCCUGCAUGUCAGACUUCUCUCUCUACGUGUUCCACCCCUACGGUGCAGGGAAACAGAAGUCUGCCGUCACAGGGCUGCCCCCAGGCCCAGGACCUCUAGGUACAGUGGAUGAGGAGCCGUCCUCUGUGACUGGGAGGAAGGAUUCCCUCAGCAUCAACCUGGAGUUUGUCAAGGUCAGCCUGUCCAGAAUGAGACGCACCGGAGGACCCACCUUCAUUGAGAGCUUUGUACCUGGCAAGGGAGGCAAGAUGGACACCACCCUUAUCAAUAUCUCAGCUGUGUGUGACAUUGGCUCGGCCUCCUUCAAGUAUGACAUGCGGAGGCUAAGUGAGAUCCUGGCCUUCCCCAGAGCCUGGUACCGGCGCAGCAUCGCCAGACGCCUCUUCCUGGGAGACCAGACCAUCAACAUGCCAACAGCCUCGGGUCCUACCACCCCGGACUCUGUAGAGAACAUGACCCAGCACCUGUCACCAGAAUCCAGCCGUAAAGCCUACUGGAGGACCUGGGAUGGUAGCACUGGGCAGUACAUGCCUCAGUCCCCCAACGUGUUCUCUGACCACUCCACUGGGAGUAACAUGUCCCCCGGGGGCCUGUCCUCCCACCUCAAGUCCCCAGCCCCCGGACGCACCAGGAGCGUCUCUGAUUCCUCCGCCCCCAGAAGAGAUUCUGUGACCAAGAUGUCCACGCCGUCGUUCAAUAAAAACGGCAAGGCAGCCGGCCCCCAAGGGACCCCAUGGGAGACACUAGUGGUGUUCGCCAUCAACCUGAAGCAGCUCAACGUCCAGAUGAACAUGAGCAAUGUCAUGGGCAACAACACUUGGACCACCAGUGGGCUGAAGAGUCAGGGUCGUCUGUCAGUGGGUAGUAACCGAGACCGAGAGAUCAGCAUGUCCGUGGGCCUGGGUCGUUCCAAACUGGACUCUAAAGGCGGCGUGGUGGGGGGCAACAUAGAUGUCAACACCCUGGAGAUGGUCUCACACAUCUCGGAGCACCCCAACCAGCAGCCCAGCCAUAAGAUCCAGAUCACCAUGGGCUCCACGGAGGCCCGUGUGGACUACAUGGGCUCCAGCAUCCUCAUGGGCAUCUUCAGCAACGCAGACCUGCAACUCCAGGACGAGUGGAAGGUCAACCUGUGCACUGUUGAGACCAGCCUAUCAGAGAAAAGUGAGAUCUUUGUCCAUGGUGACUUGCAGUGGGAUAUCUUCCAAGUGAUCAUCUCGCGCUCCACUACCCCCGACCUCAUUAAGAUCGGGAUGAAGCUGCAGGAGUUUUUCACCCAGCAAUUUGACACCAGCAAACGAGCGUUGUCCACAUGGGGUCCAGUCCCCUACCUGCCCCCGAAGGCACCGGUCAUCAACAUCGAGAAAGAAGCUGCAGAGCUAUACAUGGAUGCAGCCCACCAUCGUCACUGGCCUGGGGUUCUGAAGGUGAUCGCUGGAUGCCACAUCUCCCUUUUCCAGAUGCCUCUCCCAGAGGACGCCGUGCAACUGGGUGGCUCCAUGAGUCUCCAUGGCAACCACAUGACCCUGGCCUGCUUCCAUGGGCCCAACUUCCGCUCCAAGUCCUGGGCCUUAUUCCACCUGGAGGAGCCCAACAUAGCCUUUUGGACCGAGGCUCAGAAGAUAUUGGAGGAUGGCUCCACUGAUGACUCCACUUAUAUCGUGCAGACAUUGGACUUUCAUCUGGGUCACAACACCAUGGUAACCAAACCCUGUGGAGCACUAGAGAGCCCCAUGGCCACCAUCACCAAAAUCACCCGUCGCCGGCACGAAAACCCCCCUCACGGUGUAGCCACAGUCAAAGAAUGGUUCAAUUAUGUGACUGCCAUGAGGAAUGAGGAGCUAUACCUCUUGCGUAACGUGGACGCCAACAACACAGAGAGUGGGGCUGCCUCCAAGAGUUCUAGCCUGCUAAGCAGCUUCCGAGGCUCAUCCAGCUAUAACCAUGAGACAGAGACCAUCUUUGCCCUACCCAGGAUGCAGCUGGACUUCAAGUCCAUCCAUGUUCAGGAUCCAGACGAACCCUCCUUGACUGACUCCAACAGUAAGCCUAAGGUGGAGUGCAGCGUGGUGACUGAGUUCACAGACCACAUAUGUGUCACCAUGGACGCCGAGCUCAUCAUGUUUCUGCACGACCUGGUCUCUGCCUAUUUGAAGGAAAAAGAGAAGGCCCUUUUCAACCCCCGGAUCUUUGCCACUCGGCCUGGCCAGAAGAGCCCGACAGCCCUGCAUGAUGAGAACUCCACAGACAAGGAGGAAGGCAUCAACUACACCACAGUGGACUGGAGAGAAUUCAUGUGCAACACCUGGCACCUGGAGCCUACACUCCGGCUCAUCUCCUGGACAGGACGGAAGAUCGAUCCUGUCGGCGUGGACUACAUUCUGCAGAAGCUAGGCUUCCACCACGCAAGGACUACAAUUCCCAAAUGGCUCCAGAGGGGGGUGAUGGACCCCCUGGACAAGGUCCUCUCUGUCCUCAUCAAGAAACUUGGCACGGCCCUGCAGGACGAGAAGGAGAAGAAGGAGAAGAAGGAGAAGAUGGGACGAGACAAAGACGAGCACUAACUCAUACAGCCAUAUGUUUUAACACAACACUUUAAUAGCUGGACAGUAAAUUCUCAAUGAACAAAACACUGGAUAACUGGAAACACUGGAUAUUUCCUUGACUACUGUGCAUUUGUCAUAGGUGCAUUUACCGCUAAGCCGUGUGCAUUUAAGCAUAGAUGUUUACAGUGGUGCAUGCCACUAUGGGUUUUGACUGAAAGUUUUGCACUGUUUUUAUGUAUAUUUUGAACAAAGUAGUAAGUGAAGUCUUAUUUGGCUGCUUGAAAUGAUAACCCUGAAAAACCCCAACAUGGAUUAUAUGUUAUACAUGCUUUCAUGCUUUAUAUGGUGUUAUCAGAACAAAUUGAAGACAUCGUUUAUUAUCCUUCUUUGGAGGUUCAUUAACUUUUUCUGUGGGGGGCACUUCUAAAUCAUUGCCAGUGCUUUGUUUACAAUGGAACAAACGCAUGGUAAGGUUGGAAAGAGCAAUAUCAUCAGUUUUUCUCAAUUCAUCCCAAUGACAACGUUUUUUGAAGAUGGUUCCUGUUAACAAAAAAGCAUUGGAUCGUUCAGAUCCACUUAGGUCAAUCUAAAACGUGAUAAGAUGUAUUGUAACGAUAAACAAUGGUUAAUUUUGUUAAUUUAUCUUAAUUUAAUGGGUAUCUGAAAUGUAUAGUCUAUAACCCAUGUGUGCUGGGUGUGUCAAGCCUGUUUUUUUUAAUAUGUGCAAUAGACCAGUGUAUAUAAAAUAACUGUGAAUUUCUUAAAUGUGUUGAUUUCUUAACAUAAUAAAAUCAUUGCCAUCUUAUUUUA